AUGCUGCCUCUUCCUCCUCCGACGGCGUCACCUCAUCAGGCGUUGGUUGAGAGGCUCAAGGAUUACGGUCAGGAAGAUGUUUUCGCUCUCUGGGAUGAACUCUCACCGGAAGAGCGAGAUCUCCUCACAGAUAUCGAGAAUUUGGAUCUUCCAAGAAUAGAUCGGAUCAUCAGAUGCUCACUUCAAUCUCAAGGGUUGCCAGUGGCGGCAAUAGAGGCGGUGCCGGAGGAUUGUGUGUCGACGGUGGAGCAAAGAACAAAGGAAGAUAGAGAAAAAUGGUGGAAUUUGGGAUUGAGGAAGAUCUAUGAAGGGAAAUUGGGUGUGGUGCUUUUAUCUCGUGGACAGGGAACAAGACUUGGAAGUUCAGAUCCGAAAGGGUGUUAUAAUAUCGGACUGCCAUCUGGGAAGUCACUUUUUCAGAUUCAAGCUGAGAGGAUCUUGUGUGUCCAAAGGCUUGCUGCUCAGGCAAUGAAUGAAGCAGGUCCAACUCGCCCAGUUACAAUACAGUGGUAUAUAAUGACCAGUCCAUAUACUCAUGAACCAACACAAAAAUUCUUUGAGAGUCACAAGUAUUUUGGCCUUGAGUCAGAUCAAGUCACCUUUUUCCAACAAGGAACCCUACCAUGCAUUUCAAAGGAUGGAAAGUUUAUCAUGGAGACACCUUUCAGUCUAGCCAAGGCUCCGGAUGGAAACGGGGGAGUUUACACAGUAUCCCUGGAUCCGAUGCCUAAAUGGAGAAAAGUAGCGUACGGAGGUAUGCAAAUCGGUUAUGACGACAAUUACACAGACGAAUCAUUCCUUGAAGAAAUGGUAAUGAACGCAAACGUCGUGAGGCGUGAUUUGCUUAAGGUGAUGAAAGACUCCGUCUCCAUUACUCAAUACCUCUGCAUCGUUGCUCUUGUUGUCUUGGUUUGGGUCCAUACUCUUGGUUCAUCUUUAGAUGAGAACUCGCUUUUGCUACUCGAUCUCUCACUCUUAGCUUCUGGGUUCUUAGUUCUUCUCUUAACCGAAGAAAAAAUGUUAUCUUUGAGUCUCCUCUUGCGUUACGUCGUCAACAUUUCCUUCUUCACCACUGGACUCUAUAUCUUAGCUCCGAUUUACCAGACGCUCACGCGUUCGAUCAGCUCAGAUUCGAUAUGGGCAGUCACGGUUUCUCUCCUUUUGCUACAUCUCUUCUUGCACGAUUACUCUGGUUCCACCAUUAGAGCUCCAGGGGCAUUGAAAAACCCGAAUUUGAUGAGUUGUAUAUCUCUCAAUGCUUCCAUUGUAGCAUCGGUUUUUGUCGCCUCGCGACUUCCUUCGAGGCUCCAUGUUUUUGCGGUGAUGCUCUUCUCACUCCAAGUCUUCCUCUUUGCGCCUCUUGUCACUUACUGCAUCAAGAAAUUCUCGUUUGGGUUGCAUCUUCUCUUCUCGUUUGCUUUGAUGGGUUUGACGCUGUACUCGGUUUAUGCCCUGCAUAGACUGUUGUUUGUUCUGUUUCUUGUUCUGGUUGUUUUUGUCAAUGUUGUGUGCCCUUAUUGGCUCAUUAGGAUGCAAGAGUACAAGUUUGAGAUCAAUGGUCCUUGGGAUGAAGCCAAACUUUGUUUUGACAUUACUGAUUGA